CACAAAUAAAGUCAAUAAAAUAUGAUGGAACCACAUGUGUCAGGUCUGAGCCAUAAACACAGAGAGAGGUGAUGAUACAGCAACAUGGCAAGAUGCAUUCACAGCUGAACGAUACACCUGUUGCGACAAUAUGCAUUAUGAGUUUUAUGAAUCUAUAAAAACAGUAAUGGGUAUGUAACAGUUUAACACCUGUGCAAAGGGCAGACACCUGUCAUCAAACUGACAACUAGAACUGAAUGAGAGACAUCAAGUGCUGCUCCACAAACUAAACGGGUUUCUGCCCUUGAAACAGUUUAUCUGCAAGUCCAUGUGCUUACAGACCCGCUUCAGCCAGACAGCUGGACAGCCAGAUAAGUGUGUGUGCAGAGUUCUGCAGCUCAAGUGUGCAGCUCUGAACUACUGCACUGAUCAAACUACAACAUAGUGCCUGAACAUUAUGACUCCUUUAAUAACCUUGACCCGGUCUUGUGAAUUUACAGUGCAGGUGAACUGCUGAAUGGGUGGUUUCAUUACGUCACAGGGAUGUACUACGUAUAGUGCUGUGUUACAUAGUGAUGAGGCAUUUUAAAGAAAAUGAAAAUUAGCUUCUUUUUUUUUUAGCUAUUAGUGUCUUUAUAGAGAGUUUGUUCAUCACUUUAUCGUUACUCCAGUUCUGAGGUCUCUACCCUGGCUUCCUGUCAGUCAGAGAAUUGAUUUAAAGAUACUGCUGUUGGUUUAUAUAAAGGCACUGAAUGAUUUAGUUAUGAUCGUCUGCUACAUUAUGAACCAUCCAGACCUCUCAGGUCAUCUGGGGCAGGUCUGCUCACUGUCCCCAGAGUCAAAACAUGGAGAGCAGCGUUCACUUUUUAUGCACCACAUAUCUGGGACAAACUCCAGGAAAACUGCAGGUCAGCUGCAACUCUCACUUCUUUUAAAUCAAAGCAGAAGCCUGUUCUGUUUGCUGCUGCUUUUUAUGAAAUAUUUUUUUGACCCUGCACUUUUAUUCUUGUACUUUAUACCAGUCUUAUUCUAUUUUAGCUUUUUGGUGACUUCUUUUAAAUUGUAUUUGAAUGUCCUUUUAUAAUGUGUUUGUCUCAAUGCUUUUCAUGUUCUAUACAAAGCACUUUGAAUUGCCUUGUUGCUGAAACGAGCAGUAUAAAUAAACUUACCGUACAGGUUGUCACCUUUUAACAAUGCACCUGAAAUAUGAAUUAUGUAUACUGCAGUAUGAGCCUGGUGAAACAGACCUUACAAUUCCUGGCACGUUUUAAAAUACCGGACAAAUUGUACAGUGCGCACCAGCCCACAUGGACACGGAGUGCAUCGAUGUCAAGUUAAAUAAAUCAAACGCUAUUAAUUAAGCGGUAAGAAAUACCAGAGGAGGCCGUCUCUCUGAUGACUCCGUAUUAGUUCCUUGCCAAAGCCAAAGAGCGCGCACACACGCAACUCAGCAGUGCGCCUGUGCUGCGUGGGAUGGCUGAAGAAGACUUCACACUCCGUCCCCACUGAGGCAGACACGUCUAUUGAAGUAGCCGGGUCUGGGUUUUUUGGAUGCAGGGACGACGUCCAGAAUCCUGCCCGGAUUUGUGUAGGACGAAAUGCGGAGUCCUGAGCCGACACUGUCGCUGCGUUGUGUUGUCGGUGUACAGUAAUGAGCGGAAGACGGGUCGAUCUACUUUGCUGUGAAUAAUGUCUGGUGCCAAGUCCGUGUGCAGAUCUUCUGACUGGGGAAGUUAUUUGUCGGUUGUUUGGAUCUGAGACAAGAUGCAUCUGUUUCGGAGUCACAAUUACCAAGUAUUCCCGGACCGCUCCUCAGUGGACACACCGACCAUACGAGGCAUCAGCUGGACUCCGCUGCCGGAGGCCAUGAAUUCAAAGGACACUAUGAAGCAGUUUCUUUCAGAUCGUGUGGUAAAGGCAGCGAGAGCGGUGUAUAGUGUCAUGAUGGAGGGGAACCCAGGUCUGAUCAGAGACAGAAAGUAUCACCUCAAAACAUACAGGCAAUGUUGUUCUGGAAAGGAACUUGUUGAUUGGCUGAUGAAACAAAAUGAAUGCCUGCAAUCAAGAAGUCAAGCAGUUGGAAUGUGGCAGGUCUUGGUGGAUGAAGGAAUCCUUGUUCAUGUGAAACACGAGUUGAACUUCCAUGACAAGGACACCCAGUUCUACCGCUUCCAGGACUCGGAGUUUGGCCUGAACCACAUAACAAAUGAGAAGGACUCAGAGGACGAGCUGCAGGAGAGUCUGUCGCUGUUGUCUCAGCUGGGUCCCGAUGCUCUGCUCACUAUGAUUCUACGCAAAUGCCCCAGUCAGAGGAGUGCUGAGGACCUGGAGGUCAUCUAUGAGGAGCUGCUCCAUGUCAAGGCUGCAGCUCAUCUCUCCACCUCUGUGCGUAAGGAGCUGGCAGCGGUGCUGGUCUUUGAAUCACAUGCCAAGGCCGGAACAGUCUUGUUCAGUCAGGGGGACAAAGGCACUUCUUGGUACAUCAUCUGGAAAGGCUCUGUAAAUGUAAUCACACAUGGGAAGGGCCUGGUAACUACGCUACACGAGGGUGAGGACUUUGGGCAGCUAGCGUUGCUGAAUGAUGCCCCUCGUGCUGCCACCAUCAUCUUGAGAGAAGACAACUGCCAUUUCCUCCGUGUUGAUAAACAGGACUUCAUACGCAUCCUUAAGGAUGUGGAAGCUAAUACAGUGAGACUUGAAGAGCAUGGGAAAACUGUACUGGUGUUGGAGAAGAGAACCGACUGGGCUGAGCAGGGAGGGGCAGGAAACAGCAAGUACACAGUUAUGUCAGGAACACCUGAGAAAAUCCUAGAACACUUACUGGAAACAGUAAGGUUGGACUCCAAUGGAAACGACUCAAUAGAUCCCUGUGUGAGCGACUUUCUGGUCACUCACAAAGUCUUCAUGCCCACCAGCCAGCUGUGUACCGCACUACAGCACCACUAUCAGGCCGAGCUCUCUGAUGGUUCAGAUCAGGAGAAGGCUUCCUACAUUCUCACCACCAAGCAGAAGGUAGUGAAGCUGAUUGGCCAGUGGGUGGCGCUGUAUGGCCUUCUGCUGAAAGAAGACCCUAUUGCUUUGGACUCUCUGGAGGUGUUGAAGAAGGAGGUGGCAGGAGAUUUCCGUCUGUUCAGCAUGCUGAAAGAACAAUUCAGGGAAAGGAGGAGAACAAAAGUCUUGGAGAAUGGAUAUCAGUCACUGAGCAGGAAUCAGCAAUUUGAUUGGUUUUCAAACUGCGAGGAGCCAGUGGGGAGGUUACAACCAAUCAGAGCUCAAGAUAAAGUGCUGUAUCAGAUCUACGGGCCAGACAACAAACAUCUCACUCUGAUGCUCCCAGUGAACACAUCUGUAAAGGAUGUGAUGUCAGCUAUAGUCAAACCUGGCGGAGAUCACAUCCUGGUCAAAAUGAACUCCACGGGAGAAAGAGCUCAGUUGAAGCUGGAUGCGACUGCAGUCUACACGGCUCUGGGACUCAACGAGAGACUGUUCGUCUGCACAAGCAGCCAAGUGGAGCAACUGAUGCCCCUGAAGGAGCAGCAAGGUCCAGAGCGAGGAACAACUGACAUCCUCGAACAGAUGGGCUCUAAAGAUAUCGCCAAUGAACUCACCAACUAUGACUGGGAACUGUUCACUGCCAUGCAUGAGGUGGAGCUUGUCUACUACAUAUUCGGCCGUCAUAAAUUCCCUGGUGCCAUCACAGCUAACCUGGAGCGGUUUGUGCGUCGCUUCAAUGAGGUGCAGUACUGGGUGGUGACCGAGCUGUGCCUCUGUGAAGAUCUGAUGAAACGAGCCAUCCUGCUCAAGAAGUUCAUAAAGAUUGCCGCAGUAUUAAAGGAGCAGAAGAAUCUCAAUUCAUUCUUCGCUGUGAUGUUCGGUUUGAGCAACAGUGCAGUACACAGGCUUUACAAGACCUGGGAGAGAAUACCAAGCAAGACAAAAAGAAUUUACUGUGCUUAUGAGAGGUUGAUGGAUCCCUCACGCAACCACAGGGCCUACAGACUGGCUGUGGCCAAACUCAGUCCUCCUUACAUCCCCUUCAUGCCUCUGCUGCUCAAAGACAUGACAUUCAUCAAUGAGGGAAAUCCCAGCUAUGUAGACAAAUUGGUCAAUUUUGAGAAAGUGCGCAUGAUUGCCAAGACAGUGAAAAUUGUACGAGGAUGCAGAAGCCAGCCUUAUGUGCCAUCGUCUCCACAGAGGGGCCUGGCAGAUCGGAUGUUUCUGGAAGGGCCUACGACUCGCAUAUCUACAUACUCCGACCUCGCCCUUCCUCUGCGGAGUCCCAGCAACAUCCGACACUACAUUCAGAACCUGAAAGUGAUUGACAACCAGCGCAAGCUAACACAGCUAUCAAGAACAAUAGAAUGCUAGGGCAUCAACCCGCAAAUGUACAAAGACUGUAAAUCUGUAGCGCAAAAUGUGAACCAGAGAACGGACUACAGCUGGAUGAACAAAAACAUCCACACUCGCCUAAAUAAGAUGGAUGUCUGGAGGUGUCCAGUGCGGUGGAUUCACUUUGAUUCAAGGAGCUUAGACAGCAUCAAGAGCAAAAAAAGUGCUGUCUGCACAGUUAUAACCUCUAAUGAUGAACCAGAGAAUCCAAUUCUAUGUCCAAAAGGACUUGUGGGACGCUUUUUUUUUUAUCCAAAAAGCCUUACAGCAGAGCGUGUGCCACAGUGGAAACUGACCCCCUCACAAAGGCAGUGUUACAACAUGUACAGUUAAGCAAAGUAUGCCUGUCUUUGGUGUAAAAAAAAAUCAUUGAUGUGACAUUUUGUAUAGACCUUUUCAAACUUGACAACAUUAACAUUCUCAAUGUUCUUUGUAUAUUCUGUUGUAAUGUUUUGUUAAUGCAGUAGCUGACAGGAAGUAAACUUGGAGCAGAGCUGUUGCCCUAGCAACAGAGUGGCAAUGAAAAGGUCCAUACUGCCGUCUGUGGAAGGAUCCCUUGUGAGGAUCUACAAAAAGGCCAUAAGAACACACACACAACAGAUCUUUGCCAUAGUUUAUCACUUUAGGUUAGUUUUUUUGUGCACGAGUAUUUUCACAUUAAAACUAAUAUAUUGUAUCAGAUCGUUUUUGUUUUUUUUAGGGCAAUGAUGCCACUAACUGACAUGCAUAUACUUUCAUACAAUGUUUUCUAAAUAAAUUAUUUUCUCAA